UUCUUUUCCAGUAGGAGCUGCAUAUUGUCUUCUCUCAUUAGGUAAACAAUCAUCGCCAUGGAUGCCAGUACUCCAGCACAUGCUUCUGCAGCAGAAAAGGAUCUGUUAGUGUCCUCGCGAUCACAUUGCAGGAAAUCAGUCCAACAAUUCCUUGGAGAAGGCUCAGUAGCUGAUGUUCUGUUAUGGAAAAACCAAGCCACCAGUGGUAUUCUGCUAGUAUCCUCAAGUAUCAUUUGGUUUCUCUUUGAGAUAGCCGGAUACAGUCCGCUACUGGUCUUCACAAAUUCCCUACUGAUUCUGGUUGUUACUCUGUUCUUUUGGGGGAAAUUGGCUUAUUUUCUCAACUGGCCUCCUCCUCCACUUCCCAAUUUGCAAAUAUCUGAUGAUUCCAUCCUAAAGAUAUCCAGUGAUGUACAUGUUUUAAUUAAUCGUGUACUGGAAACUGCACACGCGAUCAUUGUAGAAGGAAAUGUCAAACUCCUAUUAAAGGUCAUUGUUUCGAUUUGGAUUGCUGCUUUUGUUGGAGGCCUCUUUAACUUCAUCACUCUUGUCUAUAUUGGGGUUGUUCUUUCUCUCACUGUGCCUGCAUUAUACAACAAUUAUCAAGAUCACAUUGACGAUAAGCUAUCUGCAGCACACAAAGUGUUAUCGGCACAACUCCAAAAGUUCAAAUUGAACAUGUUAACCAUUCAAAGUGAAGAGAAGAAGCUUCACUAGUAAACACUGAUCAAUGUAAGUCAGCAACAAAGCAACAAAAUGUACUGGAUUAUUCAUGUUCAUUUGAUAUGAAUGUCACAAAUCACAGACUGUUCCAGCUUUUUUGGUUCUCAAAUCACAGAUUGUUCCAGGUUUUUUAGUUAUUUCUGGUUAUAACAUUGAUUUUUCAUA